AUGGCUGGCAGGGAACUCGGUGAUCCUCAAAAGGAUUCUCAAAAGGAUCUGGAAAAUGACCCAUCUGUAAAUUCUCAGGCACAGGAGACCCCAGUCACAGCCAGUGUCACCAAAGAAGCUCAAAGUUCAAACCCCACUUUUGGUCUCAGAGACCACCAAGGGGUGGAGGGAGUCGGUCCAAGAAGUGUAGACAUAGGUGAACAGUCAGAAGGUCCAGAUGAAACAACUGAUGGGAAAUACCCAAAGGAUGAAGCAGGACAUGAUGGAGAACAGGGAAGACAUGAUGGAGAACAGGGAAGUCAUUUGCAUCCAGGAGGUUCAGAUGAAGAAGCCUUGGUUCCAGAUCCUAACCUUUCUUCAAGUGAUAAAAUAGGAAGAGCUGAUGGUGCACGUACUGCAGCCCGGCCUGAGGAUGUGGGUGUCAGAACCAGAGCUUCCCAGGAGCCACCUGCCCCAGACUCCCAACAUGCCCAGAGACCUGGUCAUCCCAGUGAGAGGCUGGGGAGCCAGGAUGCACUGAGGAAGCGGCGGGCAGCACCAGAGGCUGGAAGUAAUUUACAAGAAGCACAAAAAUUAGAAGAAAACAGAAAGAAUGCUCAGGACACCAGAAGAUACAUCCUUUAUUCCUUCCUGGGCAUGGGUCUCUUUUUUUUGCUCUGUUCUCUGCAUAGCUACUCUUUUUCUGAAGCCCAGCAAGUGCCCAGGAAUCCAGCCUUGGAGGCCUUUUUGACUGAGUUCAGCCAGCUGAAGGAUAAAUUUCCAGGCCAGAGUUCCUUCCUGUGGCAGAGAGGACGGAAGUUUCUCCAGAAGCACCUCAAUGUUUCCAACCCCGCAGAGCCUGCCACCAUCAUCUUCACAGCUGCUCAAGAGGGAAGGGAGACCCUGAAGUGCCUGAGCCACCAUGUGGCAGACGCCUACACCUCUUCCCAGAACGUCUCUGCCGUCCAGAUCGACGGGGCUGCGAGAACCUUGCAGAACAGCGACACAGUCAAGCUAUAUGUCGACCUGGAGUUGAGCUAUGGGUUUGAGAAUGGCCAGAAGGCGGCCGUGGUGCACCGCUUUGAAUCCCUGCCUGCUGGCUCCACCUUGAUCUUCUACAAGUACUGUGACCAUGAGAAUGCAGCCUUCAAAGAUGUGGCCCUGAUCCUGACUGUCCUCCUGGAGGAGGAAACGUUGGCACCAAGUGUUGGCCCAAGGGAAACAGAAGAAAAAGUGAGAGAUUUGCUCUGGGCCAGGUUUACCAACUCCAACACUCCCAGCUCCUUCAACCACAUGGACUCAGACAAGAUGCAGUUUGAGAAAAGUGUACAAAUGUGUCCCUUGGUACAGACUCCACAGCUUAAAAAGUACAGUGUGGCUGAGUGGGGUGAGCGUCCUUCUCCACAGACAGUGAGGGAAUCUCGAGACGGGUCCCCAUGCCCUGAAGGCAGGAUGGGGCCCUGUGGAGAAAAGCACAGCCAUCGCCUCACCUUCCCCAAUGCCCCAAAUUCAAAUUUUAUUUGUGGGCUGAUAGGAUUUAGGCUGGAAAAGCUACAUGUGGAGAUGGGAUUGUACAAGAUGAUUUGUACUCAGGGACCCUCAGAGAUCAGGGACACAAAGCAUGUGAUGAUGGUGGGUUGCCUCGAUUUUCCCAAAGGCGAGUAG